AAAGCUAAACACCCUGACUGUCCCUUUUGCGACAAAGCCAUAGAUGAGCCACGGCAGGACCACGUUAUUUUGUGCUCAGGACAGAGAUUUAAAUGUAUGACUUAUGGAGCCAAGUUCAAAAAGAACAGCUACCUUGUGAAACACAUGAAAGUUCAUAAUGCUCCACCCCUACUAAGAAUUGGUGGAGACAAUCCAGAAGAGACCCCUAUUAGUGACCAUGUGGGGAAGGAGUCUAACCAAAGUGACUGGGAAUUUCAGGAUCCUGGAGAGCCAGCACUUAAUGUACAUUCCAUAAAAACUAUAAGUACAAAAUGGGAGAAUGGAGUGAUCAAAAUCAUUAAAAGGAAGAAGAGCAUUGACUUGAAUUAG